GCUCUCCUCUAUAAAUACUUAACUUUUCUCUCGUUUGCCUCUUCAUAGGAAUUUCGAAGCCUUAACGAGCUCAUCAGAUUUCCUUCUAUCUCGCAAGCAAUCCAAACAUGGGGCACUCGAACGUCUGGAAUUCGCACCCUAAGAACUACGGACCCGGCUCUCGAACCUGCCGGGUUUGCGGAAAUCCACAUGGUUUGAUCAGAAAGUAUGGACUUAUGUGCUGCAGACAGUGCUUCCGUAGCAACGCCAAGGAAAUUGGUUUCAUCAAGUACCGCUAAAUGGCCAAUUUUUUGUCUCCCGUUAGAGGUGUAACAGAUGGAUUAUGUUAGCAGCAUUUUCAUAUAUAUAUAAGAUAGAACCUUGAACUUCCAUUUUAUGUCCCUAGUUCUUUUUUUUUUUUACUUGAACAUUGAGUUGAUUGUUGAACUUUAGGCCCUUAUUGUGUUUUACUAAUUUUGAAGAUCUAAGUUGAUUUUUCUUCAUUCA